AUGCUACACUCUCCACUCAUAACAGUAUACUUCGAAGCCCACCGGCACAAUUUGAAAGUUUUACAAGAUUUCAACGCUCAAAAUUUUCCGCUCGAAAUAUAUAUUGUCAAUGUCGAUUCAGACAUCUCACCUCCACCAUAUCUAUCCGAAAACACAAAAUACCAAAUUUCGAAUGGUUUGGACAAAACCGAUCCCAAUUAUGAAACACAAUCGAUCCAAUUGCUCAAUGAAAAUAGUUGGCCAUGGCCAGAAGCUUUAAACUUGGAUAAAUGGCAACUUGAUGCAUUUCGUGCAGCACUAACAAAGCAAAUAACCAUUAUCCCAGGUCCACCGGGAACGCACAUCGGCUUGCGCAUUAUCCAAGCUCUGUUGGACAACCAAACGCAAUUUUCCAUACUGGUCAUUUGCUACACGAAUCACGCAUUGGAUCAAUUCCUCGAAGGGAUUUUGGGAUUCUGCGAACAAGAACAUCUGAUUCGUAUCGGCGGCAAAUCUAAAUCCGAAAAAUUGGCUGAUCGCAAUCUAAUUAAAUUAAGAUCAAACAAAAAAUAUCUUCAAAAUUCCAUCAAGAAAAAAAUCAAAAUCAAACGUGUGGAAUACAACAACGAACAAGCUACAUACAACGAGCAGCAAAAACAAGAAGAUAUUGAAAUCACCAAAAAAGCACGAAUCAUCGGUAUGACCACAACUGGAGCGGCAAAAUAUCGCUACAUUUACGAUAAUACACAUCCAAAGAUAGCAAUCGUCGAAGAAGCCGCCGAAGUAUUCGAGGCACACAUUGUCACUGCACUGUUCAGAAAAAAUCACUUGAUUCUGAUCGGUGAUCACAAACAGCUAAGACCAAAACCAGCAGUGUACGAAUUAGCAAAGAAAUUCAAUUUGGAAACAUCGUUAUUCGAAAGAAUGUUCAUAAACCAAUUGAAGUGCUAUCGGUUCAUACAACGGCACCGAAUGCGGCCGUGCAUUUCAAAAUUGUUAGUGCCACGCAUCUACGAAGACUUGCGAAAUCAUCCAUCCGUCGAAAAGUUCGAGGAUAUACGCGGCAUUUCCACAAACAUGUUUUUCAUACAACACACUGAAGACGAGAGCUUCUUGCAGGAUAGUCUCACCCACUUCAACACGCAUGAAGCUGAAUUCAUCGUUGCACUGUGCCUACACAUCAUCCUACAGGUUUUGAUGUCGUUUGUACGAAGCAACGAAAGAGGAAAAAUCGGACUUCUGACCGAUACGCGCCGAAUCAAUGUUGCUUUGUCGCGUGCUCGCAAAGGUCUCCACUGCAUCGGCAACUUCAGUUGUAUAGCUAGUAACAACGAUAAAUUUUGGGAAAGUUUACUCGAACACUUGGAGAAAGAAGAGGCAAUUGGCCCAGAACUGAACUCAUACUGCCAAAACCAUCGCGAAGAGGUGAAAGCGGUUCAUUCUCGAGAAUGUUUCGAAUCAAUCCGAGAUGGCGGCUGCGAUAAAGCCUGCAACGAACGAAUGAAUUGCGUCCAUACAUGCGAAAAGAACUGUCAUAUUAUCGACAAAGAACAUACAUCAACAUUUUCCCAUUGUUCUAAACCGUGCGGCAAACAGUUGAAAAAUUGUAUUCACAAAUUCCCAAAACUCUGCCACUAUGACGACGUCGAGUGUGGAAGAUGUUCCGUCCAGGUCGAAAAAAUUCGAAAAGAAUGCCAACAUUUGAUAAAAUGUAUGGAAAAGUGUAACUGGCGUUGUGAUCAUUGCCACGAGCCAUGUGACCGCAAACUAUGCGAACAACCAAAUUGCAAAAUAUGUGAAAAAUGUCAACGUCCCUCGGUAGCAUUUUGUGGUGAAUCGCCAAUUUGUACAAAUUGCGACAAAGAUGAAAUAAAGUAUCCGGAUGCAGAAAUUGGUAUCAACCUGAGUGAAAAAAAGAUGAUUUUGAAGGCAACGGGAUUCGGGCGUGGCCACUUGUACAAGUGCAGAAUGGGCCACAUCUAUUCCAUCGGCGAAUGCGGUGGCACAAUGGUAGAAAGCAAGUGUCCAGAGUGUGGAGAGACAAUCGGCGGCACAAAUCACGUUCUAACUGUCAAUAACUUCCCAGCACCAGAAAUGCUCCCCGAUGAAAUAUCUGACCCGGCUGACCCGGCUGACAUAAUCGACAAUGAAAUGAGAAUGUUGCACCUAAAUCCCGACAACAACUACGACGCCGAUCAAGAUAAUUUUCACGUGGUCAUCGAUCCAGUGCUUACCAACGCUUUAUUGCCAUACCAACGUGAAGAUGUCCGAUUCAUGUACGAAUAUGUGACCGGAACAAAAAAUGAAAAUCACAAUGGUUGCGUCCUAGCAGUUAAG